AUGGCUCGCACGAUCACAUUCGACAUUCCGUCGUGCUACCAAUUGGUGGAGCUUAUUGGAGAAGGGGCAUACGGGACGGUCUGCUCUGCCGUUCAUAAACCUUCUGCAACGAAAGUGGCCAUCAAAAAGAUUCAACCGUUCAGCAAGCCCAUGUUCGUGACAAGAACAUUGCGAGAACUCAAACUUUUGAAACUUUUCCAUAGUCACGAAAAUAUUAUUAGCGUACUAGAUGUGGUGCGACCACUAUCGAUGGAUAAGUUUCAGGCCGUGUAUCUGGUACAGGAGCUGAUGGAAACAGAUCUGCACAAGGUUAUCAACGGCAGCGGGUCCCGGCUUACAGACGAUCACAUUCAGUACUUCACGUACCAGAUUCUGCGGGCUUUGAAGGCAAUUCAUAGCGCUCAGGUCAUUCAUCGCGACAUCAAGCCCUCCAACCUGCUGCUCAAUUCCAAUUGCGAUCUCAAAGUAUGCGAUUUCGGGUUGGCACGUUGUUUGGCGUCUAGCACCCACUCUCGUCAAAAUCUCGUGGGUUUCAUGACAGAAUAUGUUGCAACACGGUGGUACAGAGCCCCAGAAAUCAUGCUGACGUUUCAAGAGUAUACCACGGCUAUGGAUAUUUGGUCUUGCGGAUGCAUUUUGGCAGAAAUGAUCACGGGGAAGCCUCUUUUCCCCGGUCGGGACUAUCAUCACCAACUGUGGUUGAUCUUAGAGGUGCUGGGCACCCCAUCGUACGAAGAUUUCGAAAACAUCAAUUCGAAGCGGGCCAAAGAAUACAUAGCCAAUUUACCGCUACGACAGAAGCUGCCAUGGCCAGUGGUCCUGCAGACCCAAAACCUGAACCCACUUGCAGCGGAUUUGCUAGACAAAAUGCUUACGUUCAACCCGGACAAACGUAUAAGUGCAGCCGAUGCCCUCAGCCAUCCGUACUUGCAGGUGUACCACGAUCCGGAAGACGAGCCUGUUUAUCCGCCGUUGAACUUGGACGAUCCGUUUUGGAAGAUUGAUAACAUCAUAAAGCAGCCUUCUGAGGAAAGCGAGCUCUCCAUGGACACCUUGAAGCAAAUGCUUUUCGAAGAAGUUGGGAAACCUUUACAGUGA